AUGGAGCAAGCCAUGUUGGAGAUGGCUGACUCCCAUCGGAGACGGCAGCCCUUGACGGAUGCUUCCAGCAGAAUCAACCACGCCAAAUCCCCAAAGGUCGAGACCCCUCGUUUGCGAGUCGAGGACUUGGAGCAGCUGAAAACACCGGACCGCAUGUCCGUCGUCAUGAGUCCCACUCCCCGAGACAACAAAGAGAACCAACGGCUGUCCGUAGCCACGGAUUUUCAGUCUGAUUCAGCCCGCAAUUCCGUGGUUUCCGCCGUGUCAAUCCUGUCGAACAAGGGCAAAAGGAAGACACAUGUAGGACCAUGGCAGUUGGGACGAACCCUGGGCAAGGGCGCCACGGGCCGGGUUCGCCUCGCCAAGCAUGCCGUGACGGGACAGACGGCGGCAAUCAAGAUUGUCUCCAAGAAGUCCGCCGCCAUGGUCCAGAGUGAAAGUAUUGCGGCAAUGGAUCGGAAUGCCAGUAACUUCUCGGGGUUCUCCAACGCUCGGCACAUGCCCUGUGGAAUUGAACGUGAGGUGGUGAUUAUGAAGUUGAUCGAACAUCCUAAUCUCAUCAGCUUGUACGAUGUGUGGGAGAACCGUGGAGAGCUGUAUCUCGUUUUAGAGUAUGUGGAAGGUGGGGAGCUCUUCGACUACGUCUCCAACAACGGGCCGCUGCCGGAAGAAGAGGCUGUGCGUCUGUUCCGCCAGAUCAUCGCUGGACUGGGGUACUGUCAUCGAUUCAAUAUUUGCCACCGCGACUUGAAGCCUGAAAAUAUCUUGCUUGACGGCAAUCACAACGUGAAGAUUGCAGAUUUCGGCAUGGCUGCGCUUCAGCCAGCUGGUCAUUGGCUGAAUACCUCCUGCGGAAGUCCACACUACGCAGCACCAGAGAUUAUCUAUGGACGCAAAUAUCGUGGUGACAGGGCCGAUAUGUGGAGUUGUGGAAUUAUUCUGUACGCGCUGUUGACCGGCUAUCUUCCAUUUGAUGGUGGUGAUCUUGCAAACACACUGCGCCUGGUCAAGAAGGGCGACUAUAUGAUCCCUCCUGAGCUCAGCGAUGAGGCUGCAGACCUCAUUCAGAGAAUUCUGCAGAAACGACCGGAGGAUCGCAUUACAAUGCAGAAUAUUUGGCUACACCCGCUGCUCACCAAGUAUGAGAAGCUUCAUAAUGCAAUGGCCGACUACUACAUUGGACCGCCCCCUCCGUUAUCUGUCAAGGAUUGUGGAGACCUGGUCACAUGUCGUCAAGAUGUGGACAUCGAUAUUUUACGAAACCUUCAGACAUUGUGGCAUGAUGUGAAGCCCGAUGCUCUAAUUGACCGACUUAUGUGCAUCGAACCAACCCAUGAGCGGAUGUUCUACAAUGCUCUUGUGAAGUUCCGAGAUGAGCAGCUUGAGAACUACCAGGGACAGCCAUUGGAGCACUCAGCCAGUGAUUAUCACCACAUCUCUCGCCCUGGAGACAAAGUUCGCAGGGGACGGAGCAUGUCUAAGCGACGUUCUCACGUCUCCGUGGUCAAGGACCUUCGCCGUCAGCUGAGCUCAACACAAGAACCCCAGUCUUCUGCAAGCGUGGAAAGUUAUGAUCCGUAUAGAUCUCCGAAGCCAAAGACCCUAGCAAAAGAGGUGAAGUAUGCACAGAUAACGAUCCAUAGAGCUCCGGAUGUUCCUGAAGAGGGCGAAAUUUCGCCAGCUAUGAAGCCGCCUCCCUCUAUUGCCGAGGAGCAAGAGCCAGAGGAUUUGGAUGGUGUGACGAGCUCACCAUUCACGGUCCUUCAAAAGCGCAAGCACAAGCCCAGCUCGAUGAAAUCAUUCCAGUCUUCUAAAGUCCCCCACUCCAGCUCCCGAUGUCCUGGUUUGUCCACUCGCUCGACUAGCUACCGCCGUAACGUUUCGUUCCGCCAUCCACGCAACCGCUCCCAGGGUUCUGCCAAACCCAAAAAGAGAAAGACCGCUACUAGCCAGCAAUCUGAUAUUAAACGCUCUCCAAGCGCAGCCAGCUUGCAGAUGAUUGCAGAUGGGCUUGAUGUACCAGAGACGCCGAGCAGCCCACCCCUUCCAAGGCAGCCGAUCGUUGUUCGACCUAGUGGCAUUAAGGUUAAGAAUCUGUGUCGUGAAAGGAAGGUGCAACAUUCAGACAUCAUUUGGAAGGAAGAUGCCCGCAAAGUGUCCCAUGAGCUUAGCCGAAUUUGUGAAGAAGCAUUCAAUGGAAGCUCUAUCACGACCAAGCGGACUGCUAGCACCGAAGCAGGAUACGAGACACCAGGAACUCCCAUGUCGGUUGCGAGUCCGGAGCAGUGUUCAGCCCCUCCUGUGAAGCACUCCUUGGCAACCCCAAAGGCAACUCCCAAGGAAUCGGGGCGAACUUAUAGCAUCCAGGAGCUGACCGAGACCCGUCGGAAACUGGUUGAACAUAGCAAAGGUCGCAGUGACAACAUUCCGGCAUACUUAUCUGGGGUUAUUGGUCACCUUGAUCGCCUGAUCGAGGAGGAUCAAGUGCAAAAUCCCCCUCGGCACGGUUUGGAGGAGAGCACCUCAACCCUUGUGGACCCCUUCAGUGGGGGUACUGAGGAUACUUCCUUGCCAGUGAUUAACGAGGAAUUUGCAAGCCCGGUGCGCGGCCCUUGCGAAUACAGCCACAUGCCGAAGCUCCAGAAGAAGGCACGAGGAUCCACCAUGACGAGCUGUGGCAGUGACCCUAAAGCCACUAUUCGAAUGGUGCCGCAAAGCUCGCUACGAUCUCUCGAAGAAGUCAAACCGUUAAUGAUCCGCAAGAAAGUUCAAAUCAGUGAUUCGGAGGCUGUCAACAGCGACUCUGUGGAAGCCACGCGGCAUUUUUCUCAUAGUUCUCGACAAAGCCGUCAUCCUGGCGGUCUAGAGCCCAUUGACGAAAUCCCCAUUUCUCCCAAACGACCAAUUGACAGCAGGAAGUGGUCGUGGUUCAAGCACCGCCCACACGGUACCGACAGUCCGCCAUCCCUGCCGCCAAAAGACAGCAAGCCUAUCAUCCCAAGCAAUGGAACUGUUGUCAUUCAUCCUCCACAGGAAAUUUCGCAGCAAGAUCCCGCAUCACCUGUCAGGACCUCUGAUAAACGAAGGGCACCUACCCGCAAGUCAUCUAUGGAACGUUUUGGCGGUAGCUUCCUCAAAAGGCUGAUGCCGAAGAAGUCGAAUAAGGCCCUGUCUCAGCCUGAGACGAACAACGAGGCAACAAAAACCCAGGAUCCUCGAGACUCAGCUAUGCUCCGCAAGGGCUUCCCCGACCCUGAAAGCUCUUUUGAAUCCUCUACUCCUCCCAACGCGCCUCGCAACAAGCGCCUCUCACUUGCAACCCAGAACUGGUUUGCCCGAGUGUUCCAGAUCAAACCAGCAUCUAGAGUCAUUGCUUUGAACACCUCAAAGGUCAAGGGUCGCAAGGAAGUAUACAAGAUGCUGCGCGAAUGGGAGGAGUACGGCAUGGAAAACGUCUACGUGGACAAGAGCAACAACAUUGUGCAUGGCCAAGUCAGCGAAGCCAACUUCCUUCGUCUGCGAGAGGUCGAGUUCACCGCUGAGUUCUAUACCGUGCUCGAGCACGGUCGUCAAGCCAAUAUUAGCCUCGUCCAAUUCAAACAAGAACGUGGCGCUGCCUCUUCUUUUAACAAAGUGGUUGACACUGUGCACAUGAUGCUGAAAACCCGCGGCUUGGUUGUCGAGGAUCCUGUCCGGGCGAAGAGGAUGUCCCGCGUGCUGGACACCAUUCCAAAUUCUUCUUGA